CCUCAUCCUUAUUGUUCAAAGUCGAAUAAUCUAGUUUUUCUGUCCACUAAAAAACGUUGAAAGAUCAAACAGAUUUGUGGUAUUGGUCUGGUCAAUUCUGCUUCUGCAUCAGUUGCUUUUAACGUAAUGCAUUGCAAGCAUCAUCUAUUUACAAUUGUAACAUCCAUGUUUUGUUAUUUAAAGAUACUCUGUGUGGUUUGGAUUAAGGUCCCAGCUGUAUAUGAAGAGAUGAUUUUGUCUGGUUGCACUCCUGAUAGGAAAGCUAGGGCAAUGUUGCGGUCUGCUCUGAGAUACAUGAAGCAGGCAGUGAAGUCAUUGUUGACAAUCCCCAUAUGGCUAAAGCAAGUCAUGACUGAACAAAUUGUUGUUUGAGUUAUCAGUUUGAGUGAAACAACAAAGAAGAAGAUAUGGCGUGAUGAGUUCAAAAUGCUCGGAAAGCAACCACCCAUACAAGAAAUUCCCCAAGAAAAACAGAAUCUGUUUAAAUUUUUUUUAGUAUCAAUAACGAAAGGGAAAUUACCCAAAAUUCCGACAGCUGUUAUUCCAUGUCUUUUUGUGGGAACUUGGUGGCGUUUCUGGUGUUCUUUGUUGCGUUCUUUUUCUUUACUUGGAAAAAUUCCAUUCUCCUCUAACAGGAUUAUGUUUUUACCUAUCUUCCAUCAGCUUGUCUGUGUUUGAAAAUCUUUGUUGGUCUAGGAGCUAAACAGGUCGGCAAAGGGCUCAAGAAACGAGGUUAAUAAUGCUCUUCCCCUUUCUGGGUUCCUUUUAUUCACAUUUAUAGUUCUAUUUCUGCAUAAAUAUAAUUAGUUUUCCUUCCACCUUCCAUCAUUUCAACAGACUCAGUGCGAGACAACACUUACAUUAAGCUUUCAUUUCAUUUACUGAAACCACUAUUGUGCUGUUCAUCAAAAUGUUUUAUAGCCACGGUUUCGUACUUUGCCAAAGACAUCGCUACCUUUUCCUUAUUUUUCUCUUGAUUUUAAGCACAACCCAAGUUAGAUACAAAGCUGAAGGUAGACCAAACCCCAAAUCUGAUACCUUUUCCAAGAAAGUAAAUGAAGAAAAGAAAAUAUUGAGCGCUCAGAUAGGGUCAAGGCCGCCAAGGUGUGAUAGAAGAUGCAGUUCAUGCGGGCAUUGUGAAGCCAUUCAAGUGCCUACAAAUCCGCAAGUCAGAAAUGGGAACAAGAAUUUCUCAACGUUACUCUUUGGUGUUGCUUACGCAAGAAGAGUUGAUAACUCCAACUACAAGCCCAUGAGUUGGAAAUGCAAAUGUGGGAACGUCAUAUUCAAUCCCUGAAAAUAAGUUUGACACAACAAAUUCUAGGUUCUUUAAUACCCAUUUUUCAACCUUGUAAAUCAGUGUAAGAGAAAUAUAUAGUAUUGUUCUCUUCCAUGUAAGAAUCAUAUGUUCGACGAUGCUACACCUUCUUACAAUUAUUUUGCUUUAUGUGCUCCAUGAUUAAAAAUCA